AUGCUGUGGCCCUACCCUUGCUUCGUCGAAGUUCGCUCCCUUCUGCAGCUCGAGGCUCAGAACCAAGCUCGCAAAGCCACUCGUCCACCUCAAGUUUUUCACACCACCGCCAGGCCUCCUGCACCGGCUCCGUCUGCUGCACCACCGGCGCCUUCCCAGCCUCCUCCAGGUUGGCACCCGAGCCCUAACUACCGCGGGAAGCAUCCAGGUUGUCAGCGUUUGAGCAAAUGUCAGCAUUCCUCAAGGCCGACGCUCGGGUUCCCCCUCGCCACGGCGCUCCUGCUCCUCGUCAUCUUUUCCCUCAGCGGCAUCUUCUCCUGCUGCUACCACUGGGACAGGCUCCGCUCCCUCCUCUGGUCUCGGCAGCCCGGCAUGCUCCAGGACGGCCCGCACACCGUCAUCUCCAUUGGAUCUGCGCCGAGCAAGGCAGCUUCCGAACACAAGAGCGAGAAAGCGGGGAAGGAGUGCGGGUUGCCCGUGAUCAUGCCCGGGGAUAACAUCGCCAAGUUCUACGCCAGGCCAUGCCCGCACGAGGCCUGUUUACCUGCAGCAGCAGGAGAGAAGGGCCAAGUCGAGGUGCAAGUCAGAUGUGCAGUUUCGUGA